UGCAUAAAUCAUGCGAUUGAAUGGUACUGCCGUCCAGUGUUUCCGCCCGCGCUUCGCGGUUUUAUUUAAAAAGCAAAGGUUGCAAAGCAAGAUCAAAUCCCAGCUACUAUUUAUUCCAACGGACAUCAAGUGAUGUUUUGCUAAGCUGAUUUCAAUAAAAAAGAGGACAUGAUGACUCGGCACCCAGCUCUCACUGUUUUAAGUG